GGAAAGCAGAGGUAGACUCUCCAGAAAGUGAGACAGAAGACGAAGGGGAGGGGAAGAGGAAAAGUCUAACCACCGGUCGAACGAGUAUAGAUAGAAAUACAGUUUAUCAAGAGAGGACUGAGCGCUAGCGCUGGCAGAUUUCCCGCGAAGUCCGUAUAUCACUCGCACGCACGGCACGCGCGAGUCAAAUUGAGCUGGGCUGAGAAGAGUCGAGAAGAUCGAGAAGAUCAAGGGAAGAAGUGUCCAGGGGAAACAAACACACGCGGGAUGUCCUCUCGCGAAACACUGGGCAGGAAGAAGUAUCCACGCGGAUGGCGAGCGCACACUCACGAACGGACGUCCUUUCUAUAACCUAUGACACCUCUUCCGGCUCUUCUUGCUAUCCGUCAGUUCCACAGACCAAGAUCAGAAAAUUGACGUCAAAAAAGGCAAGGCGCGAUGGCGGGAGCUUUGCAAUUGGUCAACCCAGUCAAAUGCCGAAAAAUCUCUCCAAUUUUGUCCGAAAGCCAAAAAAAGUCCUCUCCUCGGCAAUGCGGUCCAAGCUAAGCGCGAUCACGGAAAAUCCUCUUCCUAUGACAAACAAGGACGACAAUCCACUUUGAG